ACAUCUCCUCAUCUCCCCUCCUCCCUUUUCUUUCUCCCUCUCCGUGUGUAUUUUGUCUCCUCCUCCCGUGCGUGUCUGUCUUUCCAUCCCCACUCUUCUCCCUCCCCUCCCUCCGGAUCGAUUGCUGGCCGAGAUCUCCAAAGGGCCGGGCACUUGGUGGGAUCGUCCUUGUUCCUCCCGUGUUUUGCCGAGUCAAGGGUAUCUCUUCGGAGGCUCGGGGAGAUGCUGUUCCUGGGGAUGUGAUUGCAUAGCAACACAGCAGCCGGGGCGGUGGAGGAGGAGAGGCAGGCGCGUGCAGCAGUGCUCAGCCCCAGCAUGAAUCCCUGUCACCGGGGCUCCUCUGCUGAUUCACACAGACAGCCCCUCUCCCCGCUCCCGAAGCCCGGUGGCCGCUGCCCCUGCGCCUCAGACCUGGUGGACUCGGAAGGUGCUCGUGCCCAGAGUUGCCUCCACCCCCAUGAACAUCAGUUCUGAUGCAGCCCCUGGUGAUGCAGGAAUGGCUCUAUGUCCUCCCACGGUGUCCUGAGUGGCACGUCCCAGGCCAGGCGCAGCACAGCAGCACUGCCCCCCCGCUGUCUCAGGUUGAAGCCUCGCAGGAUGGUGCAGGACCUUCGUGUGUAACCCCCCGGGCUCCAAGCAGUGCUGCCGGGCCCCAGGCCCCUCUGGAGAUGAAUCUUUGCUGGAACGAGAUAAAAAAAAAAUCCCACAGCCUUCGGGCUCGGCUGGAGGCCUUUUCUGACCACAGUGGGAAGCUGCAGGUGCCUCUCCAGGAGAUCAUAGACUGGCUGGGGCAGAAGGAUGAGGAGCUCUCAGCACAGCUGCCCCUGCGGGGCGACGUCCUCCUGGUGCAGCAGGAGAAGGAGACGCACGCGGCGUUCAUGGAAGAAGUGAAGUCUCGGGGACCAUACAUUUACUCUGUCCUGGAGUCAGCACAGGCUUUCCUUUCCCAGCAUCCAUUUGAGGAAUUAGAAGAACCAACUUUGGAAAGCAAAGAUGUCUCUCCCCGGCACCGGAUCCAGAACAUCAGCCGCUUUGUCUGGAAGCAGGCGAAUGUGGCCAGUGAGCUGUGGGAGAAGCUCACGGCCCGGUGUGUGGACCAGCACCGCCACAUUGAGCGGACGCUGGAGCAGCUGAUUGAGAUUAAAGGGGCCAUGGAGGAGCUCAGCACGACCCUGGACCAGGCUGAAAGCGUGCGUGAAACCUGGGAGCCCAUCGGGGACCUCUUCAUUGACUCCCUGCCAGAGCACAUCCAGUCAACCAAGCUGUUCAAAGAGGAGCUCUCCCCUAUGAAGGAUGGGGUGAAAGUGGUCAAUGAUCUUGCACACCAGCUUGCCAUCUCAGAUGUCCACCUGUGCAUGGAGAAUUCCCGUACCCUGGAGCAGAUCAACACGCGCUGGAAACAGUUGCAGGCCUCCAUAAAUGAACGCCUGAAGCAGCUCCAAGAUGCCCACCGGGACUUCGGACCAGGCUCCCAGCACUUCCUGUCCUCCUCUGUCCAAGUCCCCUGGGAACGAGCCAUUUCCCCCAACAAAGUGCCAUACUACAUCAACCACCAGGCCCAGACGACAUGCUGGGACCACCCAAAGAUGACAGAGUUGUACCAGACGCUGGCGGAUUUGAACAACAUCAAGUUCUCGGCGUAUCGGACGGCCAUGAAACUACGGCGGGUGCAAAAGGCCCUUCGAUUGGACAUGGUGACCCUGGCAACAGCCUUGGAAAUCUUCAACGAGCACGACCUGCAGCCCAGCGACCGGGCGAUGGACGUGGUGGAGGUGAUCCACUGCCUGACCGCCCUCUACGAGCGGCUGGAGGAGGAGCGGGGCAUCCUGGUGAACGUGCCCCUCUGUGUGGACAUGAGCCUCAACUGGCUGCUGAACGUCUUUGACAGUGGCCGCAGCGGGAAGAUGAGGGCUCUCUCCUUCAAGACAGGCAUUGCGUGUCUGUGCGGGACAGAGGUCAAGGAGAAGUUUCAGUAUCUCUUCAGCCAAGUGGCCAACGCUGGGGGACUGUGUGACCAGCGGCACCUCGGUGUCCUGCUCCACGAGGCCAUCCAGGUCCCACGGCAGCUCGGGGAGGUGGCAGCGUUCGGGGGCAGCAACGUGGAGCCCAGCAUCCGCAGCUGCUUCCGCUUUAGCAACGGGAAGCCUGCCAUCGAGGCGUCCCAGUUCCUGGAGUGGGCCAACCUGGAGCCACAGUCCAUGGUGUGGCUGGCUGUGCUGCACCGGGUCACCAUGGCCGAGCAGGUGAAGCACCAGACCAAGUGCUCCGUCUGCCGGCAGUGCCCCAUCAAGGGCUUCAGGUAUCGGAGCCUGAAGCAGUUCAAUGUGGAUAUCUGCCAGACUUGCUUCCUCACCGGCAGAGCCAGCAAGGGCAACAAGCUGCACUACCCCAUCAUGGAGUACUACACCCCGACCACGUCCAGUGAGAACAUGAGAGACUUUGCCACAACGCUGAAGAACAAGUUUCGGUCCAAGCAGUACUUCAGCAAGCACCCACAGAGGGGUUACCUGCCUGUCCAGUCUGUACUCGAGGCUGAUUUCUCUGAGACACCAGCCUCCUCCCCGAUGCUGCCACACGCCGACACACACUCCCGGAUCGAGCACUUUGCCAGCAGGCUUGCAGAGAUGGAAAGCCAGAACUGCUCCUUCUUCAACGAUAGCCUGUCCCCUGAUGACAGCCUGGAUGAGGACCAGUAUCUGCUACGCCAUUCCAGCCCCAUCACUGACAGAGAGCCUGGGGGCAGCCAGCAGGUUCCAGGAAACCUCAACAUGGAUGACAAGGGAGAGCUGGAGCGAAUCCUGGCCCACUUAGAGGAUGAAAACAGGAUCCUCCAGGGAGAGCUGAGGCGUUUGAAGUGGCAGCAUGAUGAGGCAGUGGAGUCUCCAACCUUGGCUACAGGCUCCCCUGAGUCAGUGCAAGACCCACACAACGACGAGCUCCUGGCGGAAGCGCGAAUCCUCCGGCAGCACAAGAGCCGCCUGGAGACCCGCAUGCAGAUCCUGGAGGACCACAACAAGCAGCUGGAGUCCCAGCUGCACAGGCUGAGGGAGCUGCUGCUGCAGCCUCCAGCAGAGUCAGAUGGCAAUGGCUCAGCAGCAUCCUCCUUGGCUUCAUCUCCACAUCAGUCUGAGGGAAGCCAGGCAAAGGAGAAAGAGCACAACACCCCUGACACCGAAGCUGCAGAUGAGGUGGAAGCCAAAACCCAGGAAGUCAGCAUGUGCCUGGAAGACAUAAUGGAGAAGCUGCGGAGCGCCUUCCCCAACUCUCGAGGUAUGACCUCCCUUAUCUAACACCUCCUGUGAGCCAGAGGCUUUUCCUAACCAGCUACCUGGCUGCUUUCCUCCCCCUCCUCUCCCUGCCAUGCUCCCUGUGCUGCAGCAGGCCUCGCACAGACUCCCUCUGAGCAGGUUGUGCAGGAUGCUUGCCAGCUCCAGAAGAUCUCAGGGGAACAUAGGCCAUGCAGGAGUGGGACUGUGGGCUUCCCAGGAGGCUGGCUUGGUCACUUGGCCACAGUGUCCGAGCCUGGGUGGAGUGGUUUGGAAGAAAGAACUGAAGCCAUGAAAACUGCCUGUCUCCCCUGGCACCCAGGGGUUGCUGCCUUUGCCUGCAGCGCUGAGGGGGAUGCAGAGCUCAGUCUCCCACUCUUCAUUUUUCCCAGAAGCCUCCAGGUUUAUGGGCACCAAAACACUCCUGGAGCCACCCAGUUUUUAAAAUAACUCUUUAUAACAGCAUCCAGCUGCCAGCCUUAUGGUUCAAGCUCUGCCACUCAAGGCUCUACAGCCAGCCAGGCACGUACCACCUGGAGAGAGUCUGUGAGGUUUAUGGAGUAGGGAUGAGUCCAUGUUAGAGCUUCAGCCCAGCUAGUAGCCUUAUAUUGAGAGGGUCUUUAUAACAGAGCCUUAUUGUUUAAUGUGCAUAUAUUUCUAUAUAUUAUUUAUAUAUUCUGUACUUAAACACUCUCAUGGACUCACUCCAUUAAAUUCUAAUACUGGAAGUGUAGCUGCCCUUCACUUUCAGACCAGCCCAACCUGCUCCCCUGGGAACCAGCACCUUCCCUGUUGCUGGUGUUGCAGCAGGGCUGCUGCGAGGGGAGCUCUCGGAGGGCUGGUCCCGCAGCAGGCUCUCCAUCCCACCUGGUUUCCUGGGGAUCUGUGCCUUUGCCGUGGCACAGAGAGCCUGUCCUGCACAGACCCAGCUCCAUCCUUGGGGAGCCUCAGCUCCCGCAGGAAGGGGUUUCUCCAGCUGUACUCCAGCCCUGGGGUUGGUCUGAUGCAGGUGCACAGCAGGACAGGUAGGGCACCUCCUUUCUGCCCCCAGGGAGCAGCUGCCUGGCUGCUGUCCCUGCCUUUGAGCUGAGAUGGGGGGCUGAAGGCCCCUGUUGGAAGCAGGUGAGUCCUGUGGGUCAGUGGACGGGGGCUGUUGUGCAGGCUGGCAGGGCAGCUCGGGGGUGGGGGUGGCUCCUGGUCCCAAAAGCUCCCUCAGACUGGCUGUCUGGCUGUGUUAUGUCGAGAAAGAGGCAGAGUCAGGUGCUGUGGGGUGACCGAGAAUGGGGGCUGAGGUGGCUCCGGUGCUCUGGUGCCAGGACAGAGACAGGGCUGUUGUUGCUGGCUGGGAUGGGAUGCAGUGGUGAGCUGUUUUCAAGGAAGCUGGGACCAGGGCAGUGUGCUCAGGUCCAGGGCUGUGCAGUUGGCUUCAGUGUGCUGGCAGAGACGAGAACAGUGCCCACACCAGGGGUGAGGUGGUGUGAGCCUUUAUGCCCAUGUGUUCAGCAUGUUGUGUACAGUGUCUGCUGGCAGUGGCAUGGGUUGCUGUCCUCUCACAGCCGGGUGAGCGGCAGGAGGGCAGUAGCAGUGGUGUUAGGUGUUGGUGUUAGGCUGGCUUUGGGCAUGCUGUGUGUCAGCAUGGUGAGAGGGACCACAGGCCAGCCCCUGAGACCUGGCUGGACCCCUCUGUUAUCCCAAUGGCAGGAUGGGUGCAGUGUGGGGAGGAGAGAGGUUUGGCCUGAGGAUGAGGUGAGAAGUAUCCAGCCUGGGGGGAGCUGGAGAAGAAAAAGGGGGCAGAGCUGCAUGUCCCAGUGCCAGGUGUGGGGAGCAGAGGUGACCAGGUUGGGCACUUGGGCUGUGUCUGGGAGUUGGGAUACGAGAUGGGAGCAGGCUGGCUAAUGUUCUGGUAACCAUGUACUGUGGUGCUGCUGUCCUCACUGCUUUGUGCCAUCUCUGCUCUGGAAAGAGAAUAAAUUUGUAUUUAUACUGAAACCUG